UCUUUCUCCAAUCUCUCGUUAGGGUUUCUUCUUCCGGAAAAUUUUCUCAGUUUUCUCUCCCAAUAUUUGAAAUCUUGAAAUCUUGAAAUCUCCCACCAUGGUUCUCAAGCCCACCAGAGCUCAGAAGAAGUCCCAGUACGACCAGAAACUCUGCCGACUCCUCGGCGAGUACUCUCAGGUCCUCAUCGUCGGCGCCGAUAAUGUCGGCUCCAACCAGCUCCAGAACAUCCGCCAGGGCCUCCGCGGCGAUUCCAUCGUCCUCAUGGGCAAGAACACCAUGAUGAAGCGCUCCAUCAGAAUACACUCUGAGAAGACCGGCAACACCGCCGUCAUGAGCCUCGUUCCCCAUCUUGUGGGAAACGUGGGUUUGAUCUUCACGAAAGGCGAUCUCAAGGAAGUGAAGGAAGAGGUCGCCAAGUACAAGGUGGGAGCCCCAGCUCGUGUUGGACUUGUUGCACCAAUAGAUGUGAUUGUUCCUCCAGGAAACACCGGACUCGAUCCUUCCCAGACUUCUUUCUUUCAGGUGCUUAACAUUCCAACCAAGAUUAACAAAGGCACAGUGGAAAUCAUCACUCCUGUGGAGCUAAUCAAGAAAGGAGACAAAGUCGGCUCGUCCGAGGCCGCGCUGCUCUCUAAGCUUGGGAUAAGGCCUUUCUCUUACGGUCUCCUUGUUCUCUCUGUCUAUGACAAUGGCUCUGUUUUCAGCCCGGAAGUGCUUGAUCUUACAGAAGAUGAUCUUCUUGAGAAAUUCCUCACUGGGGUUUCCAUGGUUGCCUCGGUCUCUCUUGCUUUGUCUUUCCCAACUCUUGCGGCUGCUCCCCACAUGCUUAUCAAUGCCUACAAGAAUGCUCUCGCUGUUGCUGUUGCUACCGAAUAUUCAUUCCCACAGGCUGAAGAAGUCAAAGAAUUCUUGAAGGAUCCAAGCAAAUUUGCAGCUGUAGCAGCUCCUGCUGCAGCGGCGGAGUCUGGAGGUGCCGCCCCAGCAGCCGCUGCCCCCGCUGCAAAGGAAGAGAAGGAAGAACCAGCAGAGGAGUCGGACGAGGAUAUGAUCAUGGGACUGUUCGAUUGAGCUCGAUCGACGGAUUAACAGUUAAGAAGAAUUUUCCAAUCUAUCUAGUGUUUUUAUUUUGUUGUUUAUAUGCUGUUUAAGAUCUUUGGAGUUGGUUUGGUGCUUUUGGUCUGUUGAAGUUGAAGAUGAACCAUACAUUUUUCCAAAAAUGGUGGUCGAGUUAGUUGCAUUCAUGUUCUUUGUUUUUGUUGCAGUGCACUAUUUCCUACUUUUUAGCACAAGAAUUUCCGCUACUGAAUGAUUCCAUCUUAAAAACAUGUGCUGUGCUCACCCUGUCUUCUGUCUUUUA